CUCCGCGCUUCCUUCGCUAAGGUAGUCGCCGCCGUGUGCUCUUCCCCGGCUCGCUCGCUCUAGCGGAGGCAUGGCGGCCUUCAGCAAGUACCUGACCGCGCGGAACUCCUCGCUGGCGGGGGCCGCGCUGCUGCUGCUCUGUCUGCUCCACAAGCGGCGUCGCGCCCUCGGCCUGCAAGGUAAGAAAAGUGGAAAACCAACAUUACAGAACAAUGAGAAAGAGGGGAAAAAAGAGCGAGCCAUGGUGGACAAGGUGUUUUUUUCAAGGCUCAUAAAGAUUCUGAAAAUCAUGGUCCCUAGAACAUUUUGUAAAGAGACAGGUUACUUGAUGCUUAUUGCUGUUACGCUGGUUUCUCGAACAUACUGUGAUGUUUGGAUGAUUGAAAAUGGAACACUUAUUGAAAGUGGUAUUAUUGGGCGUAGCAGAAAAGAUUUCAAGAGGUACUUAUUCAACUUCAUCGCUGCCAUGCCUCUCAUCUCUCUGAUUAAUAACUUCUUGAAGUUUGGGUUAAAUGAGCUCAAACUAUGCUUCCGAGUAAGACUCACUAAAUACCUCUAUGAGGAAUAUCUCCAAGCUUUCACCUAUUAUAAAAUGGGGAAUCUGGACAACAGAAUAGCUAAUCCAGACCAGCUGCUUACACAAGAUGUAGAGAAGUUUUGUAACAGUGUAGUUGAUCUGUAUUCAAAUCUUAGUAAGCCAUUUCUAGACAUAGUUUUGUAUAUCUUCAAAUUAACAAGUGCAAUCGGAGUUCAGGGCCCAGCAAGCAUGAUGGCCUACUUGAUUAUCUCUGGGCUAUUCCUAACUCGACUUAGAAGACCCAUUGGUAAGAUGACAAUAACUGAGCAGAAAUAUGAAGGAGAAUACAGAUACGUUAAUUCUCGGCUCAUCACAAACAGUGAAGAAAUUGCCUUUUACAAUGGGAAUAAAAGAGAAAAGCAGACAAUCUACUCAGUCUUCCGAAAACUGGUGGAGCACCUCCAUAAUUUCAUUUUGUUUCGGUUCUCUAUGGGCUUCAUUGAUAACAUAAUUGCCAAAUACUUUGCCACUGUAGUUGGUUACCUAGUUGUCAGUCGUCCUUUCCUAGAUUUGUCUCAUCCUCGACAUCUCAAGAGUACAAAUUCAGAACUUCUGGAGGAUUACUACCAAAGUGGAAGAAUGCUUUUACGAAUGUCUCAAGCUCUGGGUCGAAUAGUUUUGGCUGGUCGUGAGAUGACUAGAUUGGCUGGUUUUACUGCUCGGAUUACAGAAUUAAUGCAAGUACUAAAGGAUUUAAAUCAUGGCAAAUAUGAACGUACAAUGGUCUCGCAAGAGGAAAGGGGUACUGAAGGACCACAAGUCAUUCCCUUGGUACCUGGUGCUGGAGAUAUCAUCAACGCAGAUAACAUCAUAAAGUUUGAUCAUGUUCCUUUAGCAACGCCAAAUGGAGACAUCUUGAUUCGGGACCUUAAUUUUGAAGUUCGAUCUGGGGCCAACGUUCUAAUUUGUGGUCCUAAUGGAUGUGGGAAGAGUUCACUGUUCCGUGUUCUUGGUGAAUUAUGGCCUCUUUUUGGAGGAUGUCUUACUAAACCUGAGAGAGGAAAGUUAUUUUAUGUUCCUCAGAGACCUUACAUGACCCUUGGAACACUUCGAGACCAAGUGAUAUAUCCAGAUGGAAGAGAAGAUCAGAAAAGGAAGGGGAUCUCUGACCUGGUACUGAAGGACUAUUUAGACAACGUCCAGUUGGGUCAUAUCCUGGAACGCGAAGGAGGCUGGGACAGUGUUCAGGAUUGGAUGGAUGUACUCAGUGGUGGAGAAAAGCAAAGAAUGGCAAUGGCAAGAUUAUUUUAUCACAAACCCCAGUUUGCCAUUUUGGAUGAAUGUACCAGUGCAGUUAGUGUGGACGUGGAAGACUACAUUUAUAGUCAUUGUCGAAAGGUUGGCAUCACCCUCUUCACUGUGUCACACAGAAAGUCUCUUUGGAAACAUCAUGAGUACUACCUGCAUAUGGAUGGCAGAGGCAAUUAUGAAUUCAAACAGAUAACAGAAGAUACAGUUGAAUUUGGCUCUUAGAAUCCGGAGAACUAUACCUGCUUCAAUGAAAUAAUUACAGAAUACACUUAGAAAUACAAAGUACAUUAUAAAAUAAAGUUGAGCUUGUUUUUUUUUUUUUUUUUAAGAAAAAAAACAAA